AAAGUCAAAAUAUUAUUAAGGUUAUCAAAAAGUGUUUGCGAAAUAAAAAAAUUUAAGUCUUGUGGCACCGAAGAUGAUUAAAAUUUAAAAUAGAGCAUCACUCAGUCUUAAAUUGAGAUAAUCUUUUUUUUUCAAAAAUAAACAAACUUUUAUGAACGAUUAUUCAGUCAACAAACAUAAUCAGUCCUGUGAAAAUGUUCAAAACAAUUGUUCUUAUCUCAUUGGUGGCAUUUGUAUUCACAUUUCCAUUUAAUGGUGAUGUUUUAAGGGAAACAAGAAGUGCAGCUGGCUUAUCUGAUUUUAAUUAUGCAAGAAAUGGUACACAAAAUCAUACCAAACCCAUUUUCUGGAGUGGUGAUGGAAGAAACUCGUCUGGAAUAGGUUGGAAAGUUAGACAAAGACCAUUUGAUCUCAAUCAUCCCUUUAAUCAAGGAUAAAUAUUUUAAUUGGAUAUGAGAUGAAAAAUAAUAAAAUGUUAAAAAUAA